UUCAACUGUCAAAAAAAGUAAACGUAAACCCGAUCCAACAUUUCUAUAAAAGUAGCUUUUUAGUAGAUUUAAUGGAAAAGUUUUCAAAAGUAGAGAAAAUCGGCGAAGGAACAUAUGGAGUUGUGUAUAAAGCAAAAGACCGAGAAACUGGAAAUGAAAUCGCAUUAAAGAAAAUCAAACUAGAAAAUGAGCCCGAGGGCGUGCCCUCCACAGCCUUGCGCGAGAUCUCUGUGCUGCGCACGCUCCGUCAUGAAGGCGUGGUCCGGCUGCUCGACGUGCUGCUGGCAGAUAGGAAGCUGUUUCUCGUGUUUGAGUACAUGCACAUGGACCUCAAGCGGCUUAUGGACCUUACGAGGGGCCCUCUGCGCCCUGAGCUUGUCAAGAGCUACGUGCGACAACUAGCCGCAGGCCUCGCGUACUGCCACGCCGCGCGCGUCCUCCACCGAGACCUUAAGCCACAAAACCUUCUCGUGGACACGGCGGGACGCAUCAAGCUCGCGGAUUUCGGCCUCGCGCGUGCCUUUGCUCUUCCUGUCCGGGCCUAUACACACGAGGUGGUGACGCUAUGGUAUCGAGCGCCCGAGAUCCUGCUGGGUGCUAAGUUUUACUCCACCGCCGUCGACGUGUGGAGCCUCGGUUGCAUCUAUGCUGAAAUGAUGAGCGGUCGCACGCUGUUCCCCGGUGACAGCGAGAUCGACCAGCUGUUCCGCGUGUUCCGCGCGCUGGGCACCCCGGGCGGCGCGCUGUGGGCGCGCGCGCGGCGCCUGCCCGACUACCGCGCCGCCUUCCCGCGCUGGCCGCCCCGCCCGCCCCGCGACCUGCUGCCCCUCGCCGCGCAGCUCGUGCCGCACGCUGCUGACCUGCUGGACGCGCUGCUGAGAUACGAGCCCGCAGAACGUCUGUCCGCGCGUGCCGCCCUCCAGCACCCGUUCCUGCAAGACGCCCGACUCACACCCCCCGACGUCCCGCUGUCGGCCGCCUCCACGUCUCGCCCCGCCGCCGACCUCGAUCUGUAACCAACCUCGUCGCCAAACACACAAGAGACGUCCACUCCGCUCGACAGACUGAUGUGGAAUGAAAUUGGAAUAGCGACGAAUG